AUGUUAGACAAUAUGCAAAGAAUGAGGAUGCUUGGCCAUGGAAGAAUGGGAAGUCAAUUUAGACAAUCCAAGAAGGAGAAAACUCCCCUUCCUGUCUAUGAAGCAAUGGAUUACCCUGCUGGUUAUUCAAUUAUUGACAAAUAAAAAGUAUGAUAUACAGUCUAAAAGCCUAAUAUUGUCAAAUAAUAUGCGGAUUGCAAGAAAGUUUAAAGGCCAAACAGAUCUGAUUACACAUUUACCUUCACGUAGAGAUUCUAUAAAUUCUGAAUCAAAAAGCCACCAAGGAAUCAUCACAGCAAACCCUAAAAAUGUAGGCGGGUACAAAUAUGAAAGAAUAAAUAAUUCUCUUAACAGGACAACUAAUAAAGUUGAUUAUGAGAAAGAUCUUGCUAUAAGCUCUAAUAAUUAUAACAAGAUUAGUAAAAGUUUUGAACAUCUGUCAAGGACAAAGAAAUCAAGCUAUCUAUCAAAUAAUCCUCUAAACAUGAUUGGCAAUGGAAGUACACAAAAGCCAAUGGUUUCACUUGCUAAUCCUAGUGAAAAAAUUGCCAAAAAGAGUCCUAAAGAGCCUAAUGAGUACCUUGACAGUCUUUCUCUCCCAAGAAAUGUCAAACCAAGAAAUCUCAGCUUAAGUGAAGAUCGCAAGAGAAAUAUCGAUGUACCAAAUUUGCAAUCAGGAAAGACUGAAGACAAGAUUGACAAUGAAUGGGCUGCAAUCUUAAAAUACAAAGAUAAUUCUUAUAAAAACGCUAUUGCUCGUCAGAAGGCUCAAAAGAAAACCUCCCAACAAGAUUAUAAGUUAAUUCUAGACACUCAGCUGGAGGAAAUCCAAAAACGUAAAAGAGAUGAGAACUCUCUUGAAUUAAAGAAGCAAGACAAAUCAUUCCUAGAGCAAGAAAAAGAGAAAGAAAUCUUUACAAGAAGAAGCAGACAGAAAGAUAAAAAUUUUACUAGAGUACAAACAAACUGCACAAGAUUCAGUCGCCAAGUGGUUAUGAAAAAGAAACAAAUUGAGAAAAAUUUAGAGAAUUUAGAGAAAAAGAUGUAUAACCAGACACCAGAUUUAGAGCAAGAGAGAAGGCUCAAGCUUGAACAAAAGCUCAAAACUAGUAUGGCUCUUAGAAAGUCAUUUAAUGAUAAAAUUGCUCAGCUUAAAAUUCAAAAGGAGAAAGAAAAAGAACUAGACAAGUUUUAUGCAAGGGAGUCAAUGGAUAUGCAAAAUAGGAGAGAACAACAAAGAAUUAAUUUUCUGAACUCUCUUAAAAAAUUCAGUACCGAUCAGAACUCUAUCGAUCCAAGAUUUGACACUACUUCAAUGAAAGAAAAACAAAAAGAUGAUUAUAUCAAAAAUGGAAUUCAGCAGAUCAAUAUCAAAGAGUUAAAAUAAGGAAAGAACAGCUCUCAAAAAGAAACUCGAAAAUAGAUUACAAAACAAAAAAACACUCGACUCUCAGCUAAAAUACAAAGAGCUUCAAAAGCAAUAUGAGAAAGAAGAAAAGAAAAUACAAAGGAAGGAAAUAACCUCAAGAAUCAAUAGUUUCAAAACCCAAGAAAUGAAGAAAGCUUCUAUUUCUGAAAACAGAAAGAAUGAAUACCACAUUGAUUUGGCUCUCCAACUUAAACAUAAGAAACAAAAUGCUACUGACCCGAACACGAUGUCAAAUGAAGAGAGAAAGAUGCAUCAGAAGCAUCUAGACUCUUACAAAAAGGGAGAGUACAAAGAUAGUUCAAGCAUUCUUUAGAGUCUCCUUGUGAGCCCCAAAUAACAAGAAUAUCA